AUGGUAGUGUUGGCAUUACUUUUCACCUUCGCGAAAUAUGCACGCAUUGAGACGCCUGAAUUUAGAAUGUUCUUUGAAAAUCUACGUUGAAUUAAAUGAGAAUCAGUGUAUUUGUGUUAAACUAAGUGACAUAUUCCUUCAAAACUACGAUUUGGACUGUUCUUCCUUGUGUAAAAGUGACUGUAGUGGGUGACGACCAAAGUAAAACGUAGUGCGUCUAAAGUGGAAACAUGGUGCCGCUAGGACCGGGGCCUGGCCAUCCUGCUGCACAUCAAACACACGGCGGGCCUUCUACUAAUCUAUCCGGGCCAAAUUCGCUUUCACAAAGCACUCCGCAAUCUAACAAGUCGUCAGUGGCGAAGCCGAAUUACACACUUAAAUUCACCCUCGCGGGGCACACGAAGGCAGUUUCUUCCGUGAAAUUUAGCCCUAAUGGAGAAUGGUUGGCAAGUUCUUCUGCUGAUAAACUUAUUAAGGUGUGGGGUGCUUAUGAUGGCAAAUUUGAGAAGACAAUCUCCGGACACAAGAUGGGAAUCAGUGAUGUGGCAUGGUCUUCUGACAGCAGGUUGAUAGUCAGCGCAAGUGAUGAUAAGACUUUAAAGGUGUGGGAACUAAGUUCAGGCAAAUGUUUGAAAACACUGAAAGGGCAUAGUAAUUAUGUAUUUUGCUGUAAUUUUAACCCUCAAAGCAAUCUUAUUGUAUCUGGCAGUUUUGAUGAGAGCGUCAGGAUAUGGGAUGUAAGAACAGGCAAAUGUUUAAAGACUCUACCAGCACAUUCGGACCCAGUUUCAGCAGUGCAUUUUAACAGAGAUGGCAGCCUUAUUGUAUCAUCAAGUUACGACGGUUUAUGUCGAAUUUGGGACACAGCGUCAGGCCAAUGUUUGAAGACGUUAAUCGACGACGACAACCCUCCCGUAUCCUUCGUGAAGUUCUCACCAAACGGAAAAUACAUACUCGCGGCAACCCUAGACAACACACUCAAAUUGUGGGACUAUAGCAGAGGGAAGUGCCUGAAGACAUACACUGGUCACAAGAAUGAAAAAUACUGUAUUUUCGCCAACUUCAGUGUUACCGGUGGAAAGUGGAUAGUGUCGGGGUCAGAGGACAAUCUGGUGUACAUCUGGAACCUGCAGUCGAAGGAGAUCGUGCAGCGGCUGUCGGGGCACACGGACACGGUGCUGUGCACGGCGUGCCAUCCCACUGAGAACAUCAUCGCCUCGGCCGCACUCGAGAACGACAAGACUAUCAAACUUUGGAAGAGUGAUACUUAAAAUUUUAAUUUGGCUUGAAUAAGCAGAAGCAGUGAUCUGUAAAUUAUGUGGCUUCAUAUUGCGAGCCAAAACACCGAUUUGUGAAUUGUUUAAAAGGAACCAGAAUCGUGGUACCUCGCCUUGGACAUUAGAUGCGGAAAUUUUCAUUUCUUACCAUUUAUUUCACAGUGAAUGUGUGCAUUUUCAGUUGUUAUUAUAAUAUACAUAUUUUUCUAUCUGACAUACGAAAUGAAAAAGAUAUGAAAUAUUUUAGCCAUUAUUUUUAGUUAAGAUUGUGUUAAGGAAUGCCGCUUAAGAAUAACUUGUUGGAUACGAUUAAAAAUUUAGUAGUUA